CCUCUUAUGUUCAUCUCCACCACCCAGCCAGCGUGCCGUCGCUCUCGGCGCUACCUUGCUCGCUUCCCUCUCGCACGUCUACCCACUGCCACGCUCAUUCUUGCCGCGGCUCAAGCGAUCACCUCUCCACGCAGUGUCCAGGGCAGGCUCGCAACUGGCUCACCGAUCACCACAGGUGUUUGUGCGGCCCAGCGCCAUCGUUGUGUGGAACAGGCUAACAAGGGACCUCGCAGCCUCCUCGAGCUGCGAUGGCGUCCGAUAGCAACAGCGCGCCGACAGCGGAAGCGUCGAGCUCGGCGCAAGCGGCAGUGUUUGUCAAGUCGGCGCCUGUUCCAUCGCACUUUGAGCAAGUGCGCGGACCAGACUUUGAUCAGCGCCAAUCUUUGGAGAGCUUGAUGACGGCAUACGGCAGCGUCGGCUUCCAAGCUUCUGCCAUCGCCAAAGCCUGCAACCUCAUAGACAAGAUGCGCACAUGGCGGCUGAGCGAUGAGCCUGUCACCGACGACACGCCCGACGACUUGCUGGACCCCGGCAUUAGGCAGCGCACGGCUUGCAGCAUCUUCCUCGGCUUCACCUCCAACCUCGUCUCGUCUGGCCUGCGAGAGGUCAUCCUCUUCCUCGUCAAGCACAAGCUCGUGUCUGCCCUGGUCACCACUGCAGGUGGCAUCGAAGAGGAUCUCAUCAAGUGUCUCGGCCCCACCUAUCUGGGCGACUUUAGUCUCGACGGCGCAGAGCUGAGAAGAAAAGGGCUCAACCGCAUCGGCAAUUUGCUCGUGCCAAACGACAAUUACUGCAAGUUUGAGGAUUGGGUGAUGCCCAUUCUUGACAAGUUGAGGGAGGAGCAGGGCGAUGAUUUGACCAACGUGUGGACCCCAAGCCGCAUCAUCGAAAGGAUGGGCAGGGAGAUCGACGAUGAGCGCAGUAUUCUGUACUGGGCCGCAAGGAACGGCAUUCCCGUCUUUUGUCCUGCCCUGACGGACGGCAGCUUGGGUGAUAUGCUCUAUUUCCACUCUUACAAGAAUCCAGGCUUGGUCGUCGAUCUGGUCGGUGACAUUCGCAGGCUCAACGACUUGAGCGUCAAGGCCAAGAAAGCCGGCAUGAUCAUUCUGGGCGGUGGAGUCUGCAAGCAUCAGAUCGCAAACGCCAUGCUAUUCCGCAAUGGGGCAGACUAUGCAGUGUACAUCAACACCGGUCAAGAAUUCGACGGGAGUGACAGUGGGGCGCGACCAGAUGAGGCCGUCAGUUGGGGCAAGAUUCGCAUCGGUGGCGAGAGCGUCAAGAUCUACGCCGAUGCCACCAUCGUCUUCCCACUCAUUGUUGCGCAGACGUUCGGCAAGAGUUUCUGGGAGGGUCAGGAGGCAGCCGCGCGCAAAGAACCAACUGCGACGAUAUGACGAUGCGUCGACGCACGACGAUCAAGAAGUACCACAUGACUGUAGGUAUAGCAUUGGACGUCUGCGCGCUUGCAUUCUUCCAAAGGCCUUUCAAGACUAGCCGGCAGCAUGAUCCGCAAACGACUGCUUCGGCUCGAGCGAGGAAGUGCCGAUCAGUCAGGGCAGCAGCUGGCCAAGAUUCCACAAGCUUUGGAGCCAGCUCUGCUCCCGGUGUACCAACCUGAUACACGGGCAUUCUUGGUAGACAGCCGGCACACUUUAG